CGAGGUAUUUCAUCGUUGUUCUAGAACAUUCUUUUCGUCUAUUUUCGUUUAUGACUCAUGGUCAUGGGACAUGUUAGAUGAAUGGUAUAAAAAGCGAUGAUUCGUUUAAAUGCGCAUUUGUAGCGACGAAAAUAAAGUUAGAAGCAACUGUGAAAAUGCCGCUCGUAAUUAAAGCAGCCUUUAUUAAAGAAGAUGAGACCUCUGAAUUCCGACGAUUUACUGUCGAUGAAAAUUUGAGCUAUGAAUUCCUGAAGAGGAAAAUUACAGAGAUUUUCACAGAUACAUGUGAAUGUGAACUAAUGUGGAAAGAUGCUGAUGGCGAUCUUGUCUCAUUUUCUUCAGACGAAGAACUACAAGAGGCUUUGGACGGUGUCUCCGGUGGUAUAUUUAGAAUGUUCGUCACUGUUGACCAACAGAAAUAUAUGAAAAGUGUACCCCAGCUUAAAUAUUGUAACACAGUCAAUAAACACAAAGGAACUGGGAGAAGGCUGCACAAAGCUCAAAUGAUGAAGUCUCCUGAUUUCAACGUUGACCACAAUAAUGGGCGGCCUAUAUUCAAAGUAAGACCAGGUAACCAUGAAUCUGCGCUUGAAUCUUUAAGAUUCUAUCAUCGUCGUCAUGGAAACAAAAUGCAGAGGAAAUCUAAUGAAGAAAUGGAAUCCUGGUUUAACAGAAGACAACAAAAAUGGUUGAAGCGACAACAAGAAAUGAAAGAAUCUUCAAAAACUGAAAAUGAGGGCAACAAAAAUCAAAACGGCGAGAAUGAUCGUCUGCAAAAACGCAUCUGGCGCAUAAGGAACAAACUCGCACACUUUAAAAUUGGAGAUUUGAAUCCAGAAUCCACUAACCAGGAAAGAAGUAUGAAUUCAGGACCCCCGUCUACAAGAAAAGACAAGGCGGGCGGUGGAAAAUUCGGACGUCAACAGGGCAAAUUUGGCAGAGAUAAAGUAGACAAUGCAGUGAUAAAACUGAAACUGAAAAAUCAUCACCGUGCAAGAAGUUGUCCAGGUCGUAUCACUGGGACCAUAUCUAGAGCAGUACAAUUUGGUCGGUUUAAUGCAGGGAAAAGGUUUGGUAAAUUUGGUCCACAUCAUCAUACCGUGGAAUGUCAUGAUCGUAAAUGGCGAAAUGGUGACCACGGUGACAAACAAUUGAGAAAUGGUCCGUUUAAAAAGAUUUUACGCAAGAUGUUCGUCGAGUUACAAGAGAAACCAGAUGAUUAUAUAAACGAUGACAUGAAAACUAAGCGUCGUUGUCGUCGGUUAGAAAAUCUUGAAAAGAAAAUCCAUUUCCAACAGAUGUGUGAAGAAAAGAAGAAAAUGCCAAAUGCAUGGAGGAUGAAGCAACGAGGGUUAGGGAACCGUCAUGGGCGUGGCAUGGACUACUGGAUACCAAGACGAAUGAGACUUCUCAACAACCUGUCAGAACUUGAAGAGGAGAAGAAUUUGGUACAAUCUGAACUGAAUCAUGGAUGUAGACAUACUCCCGGUGGCUCUAUAGAUUGUCUACACAAAGUCUAAACACAAGUUGAUACCAUCUUUGUGAACUUCUCAGUACCACUACAAUAUUAUAAUAAUGUAACCAUUAAUGUUUUUUUUAAUUUUUUUUAUGAUAAAUGUUCAAUAGUGAAGGAACGUUUUGAGAGAUCAGUGUAACUUUGACAAAUUGUAUAUUAUGUGACAUUAUUGUAGAUUAAAGAAUCAUUCGUCUGUAAUUUUA